GGAAGAAAAUGAGCUAAAGCGACGUCGUCUGGCGGAGUGGGAUUCCAAGGCUUGGACUGUGUCAAGCGAAGAAAAACAACUUCUCUGCGACACAGCGAGUUGUUUGAAUAUUCAAUUGAUUUCGACGAUCAAAAUAUUCAAUUUUCAUCAAUCUGACCUAUUUGUUUAAUGUAAUUAUCUCAGCACUACCCACCCACGUGGAGAAAACUAACCAAACCCCCAAUUUGACCUCGAAGUAGCUCCAUUCUCAUCGCAGAGCCAUGGAUUUCAGAUCUCUGAACCGAUACCCAUUUCAAGUUUCGUCUUGAAUUGAGUUCAAAUGGCCAGAUUACUGGUGUUGGUGGCGGUGGUGCUGGUUUUGAGUCUGAGCACUGGUGGGUGGGGCGCGCAAACGGGCCAGGAAGCUCCAUGGAGGAUCCACACCCUGUUUUCGGUGGAGUGCCAGAACUACUUCGACUGGCAAACAGUGGGUCUCAUGCACAGCUUCAAGAAGGCGCGACAACCCGGACCUAUAACACGGCUCCUCAGCUGUACAGACGACGAGAAGAAGAAUUACAGAGGGAUGAACUUGGCUCCCACACUUGAGGUUCCUUCUAUGAGCAGACACCCCAGAACUGGAGACUGGUAUCCUGCAAUUAAUAAACCAGCUGGAAUCGUCCAUUGGCUUAAACAUAGUAAAGAUGCAGAGAAUGUUGAUUGGGUUGUGAUUUUAGAUGCUGACAUGAUUAUCAGAGGCCCAAUUAUACCUUGGGAGCUUGGUGCAGAAAAAGGCAGACCUGUUGCUGCAUUAUAUGGGUACUUGGUUGGAUGUGAUAAUAUUCUUGCUCAAUUGCACACAAAGCACCCAGAACUCUGUGACAAGGUUGGUGGUCUUUUGGCCAUGCAUAUAGAUGAUCUACGUGCAUUGGCACCCAUGUGGCUAUCAAAAACAGAAGAAGUGCGGGAAGAUAGAGCUCACUGGGCAACUAAUUUCACUGGCGAUAUUUAUGGCAAAGGGUGGAUCAGUGAGAUGUAUGGAUAUUCAUUUGGUGCUGCAGAAGUGGGACUUCGACAUAAGAUAAAUGAUAACUUGAUGCUCUACCCAGGCUAUAUUCCGCAAGAUGGCAUUGAGCCUAUUCUUCUUCACUAUGGCUUGCCAUUUACUGUUGGAAAUUGGUCUUUCAGUAAAUUAGAAUAUCAUGAAGAUGGUGUUGUCUAUGACUGUGGCCGGCUCUUCGCUGAACCUCCUUAUCCGAAAGAGGUCAAAUUGAUGGAAGCUGAUCCAAGAAAAAGGCGGGCCCUAUUUUUAAGCAUAGAGUGUAUUAACACUUUGAAUGAGGGUCUUCUAUUACAACAUGCAGCAAAUGGGUGCUCUAAGCCUAAGUGGUCAAAAUACUUAAGCUUUCUAAAGAGUAAAACUUUUGCUGAACUAACUCGGCCAAAAUUUCUGACUCCUGAUAGUUUACAAGCUGAGGAGGCUGUACAGAAGCAGGUCUCUGAUGAACCCAGGAGACCAUAUCCAAAAAUCCACACCAUUUUUUCAACAGAAUGUACCACAUACUUUGAUUGGCAAACUGUAGGACUUAUCCACAGUUUCCACCUAAGUGGUCAGCCUGGAAAUAUCACACGGCUUCUCAGCUGUACAGAUGAAGACUUAAAGCUAUACACAGGCCAUGAUCUGGCUCCCACCCAUUAUGUUCCUUCUAUGAGCCGACAUCCAUUAACAGGCGAUUGGUACCCGGCAAUCAAUAAGCCAGCUGCAGUCCUUCAUUGGCUUAAUCAUGCAGAUAUCGAUGCAGAGUUCAUAGUAAUUCUGGAUGCUGACAUGAUCCUGCGAGGACCAAUUACUCCAUGGGAGUUCAAAGCAGCACGCGGCCAACCUGUUUCGACUCCCUAUGGCUACCUUAUUGGCUGCGACAAUGAGCUUGCGCAACUGCAUACUCGCCACCCUGAGGCUUGUGACAAGGUUGGUGGAGUAAUCAUCAUGCAUAUAGAUGAUCUGCGUAAAUUUGCGCUAUUAUGGCUUCACAAAACUGAGGAGGUCCGGGCUGACAAAGCUCAUUAUGCAAGAAAUAUCACUGGAGAUAUUUAUGAAUCUGGGUGGAUUAGUGAGAUGUAUGGUUAUUCAUUUGGUGCAGCAGAGCUGAAUCUAAGGCAUGGCAUAAACAGAGAGAUAUUGAUAUACCCAGGAUAUGUUCCUGAACCUGGUGUGAAGUACAGAGUUUUCCACUAUGGGUUGGAAUUUGUUGUCGGGAACUGGAGCUUUGACAAGGCAAACUGGAGGGACUCUGACUUGGUGAACAAAUGCUGGGCUAAGUUUCCUGAUCCGCCUGAUCCUUCUACACUGGAUGCAUCUGAUGAUGAUAUACUACAGCGCGACCUGCUUAGCAUAGAAUGUGCAAAGAAACUGAAUGAAGCACUGUAUUUGUACCACAAGAGAAGGAACUGCCCUGAUCCUAAUUCCUUGUCCAAAUCAGCCUGGGAUACAGCAACAGAAGCUACAAUGUCAAGGAAAUUUGGCAGGUUUGAGGGAAGUUAUGUUGCUAGGAGCGAUCAUGGACCAAUGAAUAUUUCUAAGCAAUCAUCUCUACCUGUUGUGACAGACAGGGCAUUCAGUUCAUUUAGGUUUUGGCUUGUUGGUCUAUGGGCCUUUUCUGUCUUGGGUUUCUUAGCAGUCAUGUUGGUGGUGUUUUUAGGUCGUAGAGGAAGGGGGAGAAAAACUAAAAAUUACAAAAGCAAGAGAAGAUCUUACCCAGGAACUUUGGAUAGUAAUGGACACGAUAGAGAUAUGUAGUGCUGAAGCAUCUUUGGCCUGAAUAAAAACUACAUUUUGUCAAAGAAGUGAGACAAUAGAACAGGAUAAAGGGUCUCAAAAAUGAGCAUCAUUGAGGUGGAACUGAUGGAAUUUGUUGGAACUUGGAAAGCGCCCCGCCCCCCCUGCAGCAUAGUGAUGGUGGUUUUUGUAAUGAUUUUAGAGUAACUGGGUUCGAUGUUUGAUCGGUUCUUGUUCUGGCAUAGUUUCACAUUCAAGUUCCCCUGCCUCAAGACCUUGUCUGUUGAACUCGAGAUUCCAUUUUAGUUAAACUUCAGUUUUGGGAAUGUAUACAGGUUAUUCCACGUUCCUCAGAGGUUUUAAGUUUCCCCAUACACAAGACAUUACAAAUUUAACAGGACCAACUGUCUGCCAGAAGCACAAUUGAAGUUGAGAAAGAAAAUUCCUACUUGAAUUGUUGUAAUUUGUAACCUGUGUCUUCUUUACAUGCUUUAUAUCUGGGCUGUGAUGGAAGUAGUCUGAUCUUUUCAUGCA